UAAAAAAAAGUAUUAUACUUUUUCCUCUUCUUUUGCUUGCCCCUGAGUUCUAAGUGAAAAUCAAACCAAAAUACGAAGGAAUUUUAAUUUGAUUUUGAUCUUCUCCUUACUGUCCGAUCCACCAAUCCCAUCGGGCUGUCAACUGUUGAUUGUGUUAAUUCCGAUGUCUCCGCCACUGCUCAGUGUGGAGGAUGAAGGGGGUCUGACUAAAAUAACUUCACUGGAUUCUUCAGGCUCCGUGGAUAGCGUGUGUCAGAAUAAUGCUGAAUUGAAGGAACGCAACUACAUGGGCUUGUCUGAUUGUACUCCUAUGGAUAUCUCUAUUGUCUCCCUUGCAUCCGAACAAAGCAAGUCUAGUUUGAAUCUGAAGGCAACCGAGCUUAGUCUUGGGCUUCCUGGAUCCCAGAUGCUCGAAAUAAAUCAGGAUCUUUGCUUGCUAAGCACAGCUCAACUCGAUGAGAAACCACUUUUCCCUUUGCAUCCUUCUAGUGAUGGUCACUGCACUGCAUUGCAUAAGACUAUUGUUUCAGGCAACAAAAGAAGGUUCUCCGAUGCAAUGGAUGAGUUCCCCGAGGGGGAUUUUCUUUCAAAUUCAAAAGUAAGUGUGAUGCCAUCAUCCAGGCCUUCUUCAAAGUUGGGACUGAAAUCAGGUUAUGUGCUUGAGAACCUUGGGCCUCAAUCAACAAAAGCCAAAGAGAUCACGAACCGGAAUGUGGUACAUGAUAGACCCCAUGCUGCUAAGAAUAUCAUGCCUGAUCCUAAUGUGACUUCAAACAAUAACAGUGAAGCACCAGUUAGCAAGGCACAGGUUGUGGGUUGGCCUCCUAUUAGAUCAUUCAGGAAGAACUCAUUGGCCUCUAAUUCCAAGAACACUGAUGAAGUAGAUGGAAAGGUAGGGCCAGGUGCUCUGUUUGUUAAGGUCAGCAUGGACGGUGCUCCUUAUUUAAGGAAAGUGGAUUUGAGAAAUUACUAUAAAUAUCAGGAGUUGUCUUCUGCACUCGAGAAGAUGUUCAGAUGUUUUACCCUAGAUCAAUGUGGAUCUCAUGGAACCCCGGGUAGGGAGCUGCUGAGUGAAAGCAAGAUGGAGGAUCUGCUGCAUAGAUCAGAAUAUGUUCUUACUUAUGAGGAUAAAGAUGGUGACUGGAUGCUUGUGGGUGAUGUCCCGUGGGAGAUGUUUAUAGAUACCUGCAAAAGGCUGAGGAUCAUGAAAAGCUCCGAUGCCAUUGGACUUGGAAUCAGAGCUAGCUUGCACCAUAGUUGAUUUUGCUAUCCACUGCAGCAGCCUUCAUGGAAAAAAGAUUCUUUCCGAUCAGAUGAGAGGAUGCUGGCGCGGAUUGGAGAUCCCAUUUAUCUAUAUGUUGCAACAUAUAUCUUUGUUUGCCGAGGGGAUUCCUACUGAAAUUAUAUAUAUAUAAAACCAUCAAGAAAAUGUUUGUGAGUGGUUUUACGAUUCAAUUGAUUUAGAGUCCGGACCAAGUCGUGUGUUCUCUAUGGUGAAAGACCUCCACAUUAUCUGUAAACCUUGAUUGUAUCAACUAUUGUGUGCUGGUAAUGAUACUUGUAUGAUGUCUUAUUCUGCUUUUAA